CCGCGAUGACGUCAUUGACGUGGUGCGUAAUGUGAGCGUAGGUGGGCGUAAGGUGAGCGAAAUGCGGACAGACGGAAGUUUGACUGAACACUAACCAGCGCGGCAGAUGAACUAUCCAUCAGUUUAUUUACAUCGUAGAUGUGGCGGCAACACGACAACAUGGAGUCGAGUGCGGACCGCGGACUAGAUGUGGAAUGUGUUGUUAAUCGGUGGAUAGUGGAUUAUUAUAUAUCUGUGGCGUUUGAAGCGUUCAGGAAUGAACAGGACAGUGAUUUCUGUGAGAUCAGAGACAUCCUUCAAUGUCAUCUGGUUCGGCCGUUGGAAGCCAACGACGCCACACCCAAGAAGAUUCGAGCAAUACAGUUCCUCACCAGGAUAAAUGACGGUGACAAACUCGACUUCUCGUUUGACCCUCAGGAGGACCUCACGCCACUGGAGUCGGCUCUGAGCGUUUUGGACAGCAUCCGCGACGAGUUGCCGGUUCCCCAGAAAGACUUGGAGAGAGUACAGAAGUCUGUCAGAGAGAUGCUGGUGAUUGUGUGCAUUAAGAACCAGGCCUUUGACAAAGCCAAGGAGGUUUUGAUGAAAUACUUCCCCAAAAGCAAGGUUGGAAAGAAAGCGAUCUUCCUGGGGCUGGUCAACAAGAGGAGCAGUGAUCAUUCAGUCCUGCAGCAGGUCACCUACCAGCAGUUUAAACAGGAGAUGCUGCAGUUCUGUCAGAGCCUGUUUCCCUUCUCUCAUCCUUUCCUGUCCAGGGCUGCCAGACAGCUGGUGCUGAAGAGACAGGAUGCAGAGGAAGGAGACUGUCCCACAGACCCUCAGCCAGAAGACCACCUUCUACCAGCAACAGAGGAGAAGACAUCCAGACACAAACCCAGUCCUCCCCCCGGUGGCGUCCUGCUGACCCGCAGCCAGCUGAUGGCCGUUUAUACAGCCCUGGCCGAGGAGCUGAGGGAGCCCAUGACCUUUGCCGAGCUGGAGGAGGAGGUGGAAAGGGAGGUGAUGGAGGAGAACGCAGGAAAAGGAGGUGCUGCUGUGGACCAAGAGGAACCUCUCCUGCACCUCUCUGAAAGCCCCAGGCAGGGCUCAGACGCUGUGUUGGAGCAGGACGUCCCCAGGUCCCAGAGAGAGUCCGACAGUCCAAUGGAGGCUUCCCCUGCUGACCUGGUUCCCCCUGCUGACCUGGUUCCCCCUGCUGACCUGGUUCCCCCUGCUGGCCUGGCACCCCCUGCUGGCCUGGCACCAGGCCCCCAGUGGAAGAGCCGAGGCUGGCCUCAUACCAUAGCCAGGCUGGUUAUGGAGCCAGACAGCCAGGAUUCUACGGCCUCUCGAGAAUCAGUAUCCAACGGGGAGGAGUCAGUCAGCCGGGGGGACCCACUAAGCUCCGCCUCCACCUACAGCCCACCAACACGGAAGUAUCGAAAACGACGAGCCGGCAGGAUAACCGAAGAGACCUCGUCUGACCCUGAGGAGGAUGUGUGUAUUCUGGAAAACACCCCUGAGCAGAGAGGCUCCGCACCCACCCCCCAGAGAUGCUCCGCACCCACCCCCCAGAGAGGAUCUUCACAUAAGAGAAUCCCUACCCCCACCCCCCAGACAAGCCCCACCCCCCAGAGAAGCCCCACCCCCCAGAGAAGCCCCACCCCCCAGAGAAGCCCCACCCCCCAGAGAAGCUCCACCCCCCAGACAAGCGCCACCCCUCAGAAGACCUCCACCAGUAAAAAGGGACCUGAUCUGAAGUGGAAGCAGCUAUUCAGUGUUGCUAAGGAAUCCAAGGAUAGGUGGAGUGAUGAAGAGGAUUUAUUUGACUCUCCUCACAAAGACAGUUCUGAGGACAACGCCAGUACUACCGGAGGAGGCAGGAAGAGGAUGUGGACAGCAGAGGAGACGGAGUGGGUGAAGGAGGGAGUGAGGCGCUACGGAGAGGGGAACUGGUCCAGAGUAAAGUCCUCUUUCCCCUUCUUGGGCCGAACCGCCGUGAACAUCAAGGAUCGGUGGAGAACCAUGAAGAAACUCAAGUUGGUCUGAGGGGACCAAAGAGUCGAGGGACUAACUUGUCCAAUAAGAAAUUAUAUUUUCCGUUUACAUUUGCUACGGUGUGCAGUAACGAAUUCGAACGCUGGAGGGCCUCGGAGCUACGCAAGACAAUGAUGACGUUAUCCAGUUGUGAGAAUGGAUGUUAGACGUUUCCUUUCCACAAAGGAUACAUGUUUGCCCGUCGCACAUCUGUCAACAGGAAGCUGAAGAUGGGCAGAGGGCCUUUGGACUAAGAUACAUGUUGAUUCUGCCAUUUUGUUUUAGACAUGUUUAUAGAAGUAUUUUAUCACUUGUCUUUCUUGGUAAAAUAAAGACUUCUCUUCUACUGA